CGGCCCAUCGUCGGGGGUCUCAGACCAUCGCCACACGGUGUCCAACCCCCUCCAACACUCGUGACUACCACUUCCCGACCGCGGCUACCGCACAUCUCACUUCCUACCCACGCGGCAGGCUACCCUCCCCACCGAGUCAACAUGAACACCGUGAUCAGCGCCCUCGUCCUGCUCGUUGCCGCGUGCACGUCCGUGCAUGCCGGUGUUGUGGCCGCUCCUGCAGUGGCUUACGCGCCCGUGUUGCACGGCUACGCCGUGGCUCCCGUGGCCACGUCGUACGCGACCAAGACUGUGCACUCGGUGGCGCCCGUGCUGGCUGCUGCGCCCCUGAAGGUAGCCGCGCCCGCUGUCUACGCGCCUGCCGUUAAGGUGGCCGCGCCCUUGGCGUACGCCGCCCCCGUAGUGAAGGCUGUGGCCCCAGCUUACCCUGCGCUGGCCCUCGGUUACGGCCACGGCUACGGUCACGGCUACGGUCACGGUUACGGCCACUACGGCUACGGUGUUGCCCCCGCCUACGGUGCCGUCGCCUACGCAGCGCCGGCCGCUAAGCUCGUCGGACCAGCCUACGCAGCGGCACCUUUCUACGCCGGCUACAAGCACUACUAAACCACCACUGAAGAGCGGUGAUGAUGAGUGGUUCAACUCGCCACGUAAAGCAGAAGGGUGAUAUAAGACGGCUUCUAUUGUUCGCGGAAAGAA